GCUCUCUCCUCUCUUCACCUUUGCAGUCGCAUCGCUGCCUUCCGUCCACACCUCUUCAAUUCUCCACGUCAAGACUUCCUUAACCUCGGGAUUUAAAGGACUUAAACUGUGCUGUGGAAGUGGCUACGCGUCUGUAAGGAAGAGCCGGCGUGGCAUGAGGACGUCUUGUUCGGUCGAGCCCCGCGUUUCUGCUUGAAGAUGCUUCGACGAAGGUCCUCUGCGGUGAGUCUGUCUCCGGUGGUUACGGUAGGCGGGGCCUCCCUCCUCUGACAUGGUGAAAGAGGCAUAGAGAGACCGGUCCUCGUCAUGGCCUCCAUGGUCGCCAACGGAAACCAAGAUGGGCCGUCCGUGGUGCUCCAAGGGGCGGAUCCAGAGACAUGCAUGAUUGUGUUCAAGAACCACUGGGCUCAGGUGGUGAAAAUCCUGGAAAAACAUGACCCGUUACGCAGCGGGACUUUGGCCUCGGCGCCCUCGCUGGGCGCGCUGGGCCCGGGCGGCGGGCCGCGCUUCGGCCCCGUGCCGGGCGACGAGGCUAGCGCGGUGCAGAACUACGUGGAGCACAUGCUCUUCUUGCUAAUGGAGGAGGAUUGCGGCAAGGCGGGCGCCAUGGGGCCCAUCCUGGAAUUUGUGGUGCUGGAGAACGUGAUGGAGCGCCUGUUCGUGUGGAGCCUGCGCCGCGAGUUCACCGACGCCAUGAAGCUGGAGCAGCUGAAGAUGUACGAGAUGCUGGUUUGCCAGUCUCGCCAGCCCCUGCUGCACCACAAACCGGUGCUGCGGCCGCUCAUGAUGCUCCUGUCGGCGUGUUCGGGCUCGGGGGGCGCGCCCGACGUGGAGGCCCAGCUGGUGCUGCUCCUGCACCAGCUCUGCUGCGUCCUGGCCAAGGACCCGUCCGUGCUGGAGCUGUUCUUCCACACCAGCGAGGACCAGGGCGCCGCCAACUUCCUCAUCUUCUCGCUGCUCAUCCCCUUCAUCCACCGCGAGGGCACCGUGGGGCAGCAGGCGCGAGACGCGCUGCUACUCAUCAUGUCCUUGUCGGCAGAGAACCGGCGCGUGGCUCAGCACGUAGCGGAGAACACCUUCUUCUGUCCGGUUCUUGCCACGGGCCUCAGCGGUCUGUAUUCAUCUCUGCCUACCAAGUUGGAAGCUCCCAGUGACGAGUGGCACUGCCUGCAGAGGGACGACUGGCUCCGUGUACCCUCCUUGGUCCAGUUUCUCAAUUCCCUGGAAUUCUGCAAUGCUGUCAUCCAGAUAGCCCACCCCGAUAUCAGAGACCAGUUGUUGGGCUACAUCUACAAUGGCUUCCUCGUGCCUGUACUCGCACCCGCGCUGCAUAAGCUGACUGUCGAGGAAGUGAUGACCACCACGGCGUACCUGGACCUGUUCCUGAGAAGCAUCAGUGAGCCGGCCCUGCUGCAGACCUUCCUGUCCUUCAUCCUGCUGCACCGCCACGAGAACGUCCACAUUUUGGACACGCUCGUCAGCCGUAUCAACACACCCUUCCAGCUGGGCAUCGUGUCACUGGCACUUUUCCGCACUCUCAUCGGUUUGCACUGUGAAGAUGUCAUGUUGCAACUCAUCCUCAGGUACCUGAUCCCGUGCAAUCACAUGAUGCUGAGUCAGCGGCGCGUGGUGAGGGAGCGUGACUUCUACUCGGCGUCGGCGGCCAAGAUCCUGGCCUUGACACCGUCCUGCUGCUCCCCCGACAGCAGCCCGCCGCCGCCCCGAUUCACCGACGCCAUGAAGCUGGAGCAGCUGAAGAUGUACGAGAUGCUGGUUUGCCAGUCUCGCCAGCCCCUGCUGCACCACAAACCGGUGCUGCGGCCGCUCAUGAUGCUCCUGUCGGCGUGUUCGGGCUCGGGGGGCGCGCCCGACGUGGAGGCCCAGCUGGUGCUGCUCCUGCACCAGCUCUGCUGCGUCCUGGCCAAGGACCCGUCCGUGCUGGAGCUGUUCUUCCACACCAGCGAGGACCAGGGCGCCGCCAACUUCCUCAUCUUCUCGCUGCUCAUCCCCUUCAUCCACCGCGAGGGCACCGUGGGGCAGCAGGCACGAGACGCGCUGCUACUCAUCAUGUCCUUGUCGGCAGAGAACCGGCGCGUGGCUCAGCACGUAGCGGAGAACACCUUCUUCUGUCCGGUUCUUGCCACGGGCCUCAGCGGUCUGUAUUCAUCUCUGCCUACCAAGUUGGAAGCUCCCAGUGACGAGUGGCACUGCCUGCAGAGGGACGACUGGCUCCGUGUACCCUCCUUGGUCCAGUUUCUCAAUUCCCUGGAAUUCUGCAAUGCUGUCAUCCAGAUAGCCCACCCCGAUAUCAGAGACCAGUUGUUGGGCUACAUCUACAAUGGCUUCCUCGUGCCUGUACUCGCACCCGCGCUGCAUAAGCUGACUGUCGAGGAAGUGAUGACCACCACGGCGUACCUGGACCUGUUCCUGAGAAGCAUCAGUGAGCCGGCCCUGCUGCAGACCUUCCUGUCCUUCAUCCUGCUGCACCGCCACGAGAACGUCCACAUUUUGGACACGCUCGUCAGCCGUAUCAACACACCCUUCCAGCUGGGCAUCGUGUCACUGGCACUUUUCCGCACUCUCAUCGGUUUGCACUGUGAAGAUGUCAUGUUGCAACUCAUCCUCAGGUACCUGAUCCCGUGCAAUCACAUGAUGCUGAGUCAGCGGCGCGUGGUGAGGGAGCGUGACUUCUACUCGGCGUCGGCGGCCAAGAUCCUGGCCUUGACACCGUCCUGCUGCUCCCCCGACAGCAGCCCGCCGCCGCUCCGACAGCUCGAGUCCAUACUGUUCUCCAAAGCUGAGAAAGACGGCAUCUCGGCUGAGGGCGACCCGGCCGGCAACUCCUGGUGCACCAUCGGCUCCGAGAUCUACUUGGAUGUCAGCUACCUCCACUACCUGGACGACGCCCACGAGCGCAUCGGCGUCUGCAUGCAGGCGUGCCGGGUGUGGUCGGCCGCGUACGACGGCGAGGACCCGCCUCCGGAGAAAUACAAAGCGGGUGUCCUGGAGGAGCCGGCACCCAGGAAGCGAGCCCCGUGGGGGGCAUCCUCGGCGAUGGCGCAGCACCCCAGAACCGAACUACCGGUCAACCGGUUGGAGCUGGAGUGGGACGACAGCUACGACGCGUGCCCGCCGGGGACCGCCGAGCCCAGACCUGCACCUGUGUCGCCUCAUUCCGCCGAGCCCCCCAAGCACAUCGAAGAGAUGCGAAAGUCUGCCAUUUUGUUGGUGAAGGGCUCUUACAUCGAGGAGAACGAGUUCCAGGAUGACGUCAAGGUCUACGAUCUGGUAGCCAAGAAAGACACCGCAGCCACCGUGGCGGUGCCACGAAAAGACUCGAACCCCCGGAACGGACUCACCCAGAAGCACAAGGCCGAGAAUGGUCAAAGUCCAACCGACUUGGGCCGGGACCUCCUGGUUCAGUACGAGGAGCUCAUCCGGACGUUUGACAGCGACGCAGGCGCUAAAGCCGUAAAAUGUGACGGAGAAGCAAAGGAUAACGCCGUGGCACAAGAUGAGGAAAUGGAUUUCACUUCCUUCUCGCCAGAGACGCCGGAGCCGGAGAAGCUGCAGUCGCCGUUUGGGUUGCCGUUGCGCGGGUCCGCCAGGAGUCAGUCAGCACCUUUUACAGGUCCCUUUAUCAGCGUCUUGUUGUCCCGCCUGGAGAACAUGCUGACCAACUCGGUGCACGUCAACCUGUUGCUGACGGGCAUCCUGGCACAGCUGGCUGCUUACCCUCAGCCUCUGCUGCGCUCCUUCCUCCUCAACACCAACUUGGUCUUCCAGCCCACCGUUCGCUCGCUCUUCCAGGUUCUGGCCACGGUGAAGAACCAGAUCGAGCAGCUGGCUGCAAGCAGUAAAGACUUUCCCGAGUUGAUUGUCGCCGCCCAACACUGGCUACUGACCAGGGACACCUUGUACGGAGAAGCAGACAAAAGCAAUCGAGUGCGAGGCGGCGGCAUCUUGAAGAGCUCUCCGCCGCCGCAACCGAGGUCCAUCUCUGCUGAGCGGACCGACGUGUUCGCCACCGUCCUCUUCAGCGAGUUCCUUAAAGAAUUGGCCGCCUUGGCCCAAGAGCACUCCAUCUUGUCUUACAUUCCCAUGGAAGAGUAAUUCAACCCAUUAUACGAAAAACAAAGGCAUUUUAUUUUUCUAUCAACUUUUUAGGCCUCCAACCAAAGACACGUUCGAUAUACAUUUGUAUUUAUUUCAUUUUUGGAUUUUUUAUUUUAUUUUUUUUAAGCAACCACCGGCCCUUUAAUUCAAUUGUCUCAGGGUGGACGGCCAUUUUGAACUCUCGCCUGGCCUAGCGUUAGCGACAUCAGCAUCAGCAAGCACAAUCUAGGUAUGGACUGUCUCCUUUCGAGCGAUGCCAUGGCCACCUUUAAACCUCACAAAGUGACUUUAUUAUUCUUGGUACCUCAGAGUCUUUGAGAUUGAAGCCAUGUUUUCUCUACUUUUGGUCACUCUGGCCUAUUUAAUGACUUGUACAUAUUCACUAUGCAAAUUAAUAAGAAUAUUAAUGAAUAUUGUCAGGUAAGGUGGUUGGGUAAUUUAAGUGUUCCUCUCUGUGCUAUUUUUUGGAGGGGCGGGGGAUUGUUAUGUUUUAUUUAUCGCGACAUCAGCUCGCAUUGUCUGUUACAAGGCAAUCUUUAUGCUAGCGCCUUUUAAAAGAUCCAUUUUCCGAUUUGCUUUAUCCUCACAAUGGUUGCGGGGGGUGUGGGAGCCUGUCUUUUAAAAGAUACAUUCUGGAAAAUUUUUCCAUAUUGUAAGACUGUAAAAACAACACUCCAAGGAUCAAAAAAUGCCAAGACAUUUUUACACACCUUGCAAAAAUUAGGUCAUUUUUAGAUGCCGACUGUCUCUGGCUGAUUUUUACUUGAUGUACAGCACUUUGUAAGCAGAUAUGGUUGUUUUUAAAGUGCUCUAUAAUUAGAGUGGAGUUGAGUUGUACUGAAAGGGCAAUGCCGAGUACAGCCUUUCGUUACCGCCACGACCACGGGUGGAUCUUGGCGGGUGAAUAGGCAAGAAAAAAGCCACCAUAAAGGCAGCACUUCAUACACUUUACUCUUUAUGUGGCACAUGGACAUAUUCCAUACCACGCUGACCUGCCGAAAUUCAAAUAGCAAUUAUGUGCCACCUAUCAGAAGCUAAUCUGUGUAUCCAUCCAAGAAAACCCCAUGCGCAUAUGCUAGCUUUUUAGCUUUGAUAUGAUAGCUUCUGUGGGGCAUUUUGGUGUUUCUGCAUUGUAAGUGUUUUAGACUGUAUAGUUGCUUGAAAGUGGCACUGAAUCUCAUGCCAGUCUAAACUUCCACGCCAUGGGUGUAGAAUUUCAGUGUGGGCGGUAGGUAUUGUAUCAGGUAGCACCAUCAUAAAAUUCUGAAGGGCUCACUCGCUGACACAUUUUGGAAAAUACAGAUGCAUUCAUUUCAGAUGUGACAAGUGGGCAAGCAUUUCAGAAGCCCCAUUAUAACAUACAGGCUUUUAAAAAGUGAAUUUUACAUAUGCCUCCUUCAAAAGUUAUACGAGUUGUAACAAAUUCAAGUCAAAAAUAUUUUCAUUGCGUCACCUAAAUUCACAUUUUGUGCCUGACUGGAAAGAAUCAAACUCGAAUGAUUGAUUGAUUGAUACGACAAUGAACAAAAUCAAAUUUGUACAUUUUUAGGUUCAUAAAAAAAUCUUUGACAUGUGAUGUCGUCUUUGAACAGAUGAAUGUAGUCAUGUUAAAUUCAGUUUGUUUGAAAUCCUAAUGUCUGUUGUGACAAUACAAGCAAUAAAUUACGCAAUACAGUCUCAA